AUGCGUGAUAAAAUGAGGAAAUGGAGGGAAGAAAACUACCGAAACAGUGAACAGAUAGUGGAUGUUGGAGAGGAGUUAAUUAAUGAAUAUGCAUCUAAACUUGGAGAUGACAUUUGGAUAAUAUAUGAACAGGUGAUGAUUGCUGCCCUGGACUGCAGUCGAGAUGAUUUGGCAUUGUUUUGUCUUCAGGAACUGAGGCGGCAGUUUCCUGGGAGCCACAGAGUUAAACGAUUAACUGGAAUGCGAUUUGAAGCUAUGGAAAGGUAUGAUGACGCUAUCCAGUUGUACGAUAGAAUUUUACAAGAAGAUUCAACUAACACAGCAGCAAGAAAGCGUAAGAUUGCCAUUCGAAAAGCCCAGGGGAAAAAUCUUGAGGCCAUCCGAGAGCUGAAUGAGUAUCUGGAACAAUUUGUUGGAGACCAAGAAGCUUGGCAUGAACUUGCAGAACUUUACAUCAAUGAACAUGACUAUGCAAAGGCAGCCUUCUGCUUAGAGGAGCUUAUGAUGACUAAUCCACACAACCACUUAUACUGUCAGCAAUACGCCGAAGUUAAAUACACUCAAGGGGGGCUUGAAAACCUUGAGCUAUCAAGAAAGUAUUUUUCACAAGCACUGAAGCUUAACAACAGAAAUAUGAGAGCUUUGUUUGGACUUUAUAUGUCUGCCAGCCAUAUUGCUUCCAAUCCAAAAGCAAGUGCAAAAAUGAAAAAAGAUAAUAUGAAAUAUGCCAGCUGGGCAGCUAACCAAAUAAAUAGAGCAUACCAGUUUGCAGGUCGCAGCAAGAAGGAAACUAAGUACUCUUUGAAGGCAGUGGAAGACAUGCUGGAGACCCUGCAAAUCACUCAGUCUUAGGUUGGCAUAGAGGUCCAGCGUUACAUUUUCCAAUUCCAUGAUCAACCUUUAAUGACCUAUGGGUUAUGUUACUCUAGUGCUGUUAAAAGUUAAUUUUGUAUUGAUUAACAUGCUAUCUAAAAUAAUGUUUUAUGAAAAGUAAAAUGCCUAUUUAUUGCUGCUAUGAGAAAUGUGAUGAAUACCCACUGAAAUUAAUAACUUAUGCACAAAGACAACAUAAAGAAAUAACAUGUGCUGCGCAUCAGUCUCUUAAGAUUUUUUGUAUCUACAGUACCUGCUUUUAAGCCAUAAUUUAUAGAAAUAAACUUGUUAAAUGAUUAAAAAAA